CUCACAAGAUGAGGAGCUAGGGAGGACGGGUUAUUCAAAAAUAAGAAAAAUAUUACAUCUGCAAAGACACACUAGUUAAGAGGUGAGAGAUUAAUUCAGUUAACUGAGCACAGGAUUACAGGCACCAUGGUUAUGCUGGACUUCACAACACUGACGGUGCCCGUGGGCAUUGUGAGGAUAUUCGAGGUGAUCCUGACCUGUAUCUCCUUCAGCCUGGUGGCGUCGGUAGGCCACAAAACAGACUCCUUCUGGACGUGGUGCAUGUUCACCUGGUGCUUCUGCUUCUGUGUCACCAUCCUCAUAAUCUUCCUGGAGUUCACCACCCUCAGCGCAAAGCUGCCCAUCUCCUGGGACGACUUCACCACCGCUUUUGCCAUGUUGGCUACUCUAAUGGUGCUGGCAGCUUCCAUCAUCUACCCCUCCUUCUUCACUUGCCCGACCUGCGGUAAACAAAUCGGCGCCACCGUCACUUCCUGUCUGGCCUUCAUCUUGUACGCCAUCGAGGUCGGGCUGACCCGGGCCAAACCCGGCGAGAUCAGCGGAUUUCUAUCCACGGUGCCGGGCCUCCUCAAGGUUCUUGAGGCCUUUGUGGCCUGCAUCAUCUUCAUCUGCUUGGACUACAACCAGUUCUCCGGGUUUCCCGGACUCCAGUGGUGCGUUGCCGUCUACUCCAUCUGCUUCAUUUUUGCCAUCCUCGUCAUCGUGUUCACCAUCUGCCGCCUCCUGACGCUCUUCCCUGCGCCGUUUGACAAAGUUCUGACAGCUUGCAAUGUGUUAGCGGUGUUGAUGUACAUGACGGCGGUGGUAAUCUGGCCGCUGUACAGCUUCCAGAACAACUCCAGACCCAGCUCCUGCUCAAUAAAUAGAUUGUGUACAUGGAAUAAUUUAGUAGUCAUCUCUUUCAUGACCUGUGUCAACCUCAUUGCUUACAUCGUGGAUACGGUUUAUUCCUUUAGACUCGUGUUCUUCAUCAGAAGAACAUAGAACAAAUGUUCCUCAUUUACAAAUAUUCUCGGUUGUAGUUGU